UUUUGUGGAGCCGCGCGGGAAGGCGCGAAGCUGUGGGGGCGCUGCUGGCCGGGCGAAGCAGCCCUGGGAGGGGACGUCCGGGCGUGGUCGCAUGGGGCACAGCGGGUCUCGCGAGCCUUCCUUCCCUGUUUCGCCCGGGCUCCGCGGGCCGGGGUCCUGGGCGCUGUUCCUAUGGCAACGCCCCUUCCGCCGCCGCCGACCCCACGGGACCACGGCGGGCUGCGGAGCCGGGGUGGGAGGUCCCGUGGCGGGACCGAGCGCAGCCGCGGGGCUCCCGAGGGCGGCGCGGGACGGCGGGAGGAGCAGUCCCUGUCCCCAGGAAACCGAAACUGCUGUCCUGGCACGUCCUGCAUCCGGAAGGGGUGCAUCCCUCUCCCGCGGGAGCGCUCGGGGCGCCUCCCGGACGGAGGGUGGGAGAUCCGGGGCUGCGCUGCCCGCACCCCAGAGGAGGUGGCCAAGUUGGAGAAGCACUUGAUGCUGCUCCGGCAAGAGUAUGUCAAGCUACAGAAGAAACUGGCAGAGACGGAGAAGAGAUGCACUCUUUUGGCUGCACAGGCAAACAAGGAAAGCACCAAUGAGUCCUUCAUCAGCCGCCUGCUGACGAUAGUGGCAGACCUGUAUGAGCAGGAGCAGUACAGUGACUUGAAAAUCAAGGUUGGGGACAGGCACAUCAGCGCUCACAAGUUUGUCCUGGCAGCUCGCAGUGACAGCUGGAGUCUGGCCAACUUGGCCUCCACCAAGGAGCUGGACCUGUCAGGUGAGCCUCUGACAGACCACCAGGGACACAAGACUGCCAGCACAAGAGAUCAUGGCAGAAAGUUAUGGUGUGUCCUUGUAAGAUACUUGGGGUUUGAUGAAAAUGACUCUUGUCAAUUGAUGGGGCUAGUUUUCUUUUACAGAUGCGAGAAGGGCGUUAUGUCUCUGGUGAAUGUGAGGAAUUGUAUCCGCUUCUAUCAGACUGCAGAAGAGCUGAAUGCCAGCACACUGAUGAACUACUGUGCAGAGAUCAUUGCCAGCCACUGGGAUGAUUUACGAAAGGAGGACUUCAGUAGCAUGAGUGCUCAAUUGUUGUACAAAAUGAUCAAGUCCAAGACAGAGUACCCGCUCCAUAAAGCUAUUAAAGUGGAGAGAGAAGAUGUGGUCUUCCUUUACCUCAUUGAAAUGGACUCACAGCUCCCUGGGAAACUGAACGAAGUGGAUCACAACGGGGAUCUUGCAUUAGAUCUAGCCCUCUCCCGGCGCCUAGAGAGUAUUGCCACGACGCUGGUUAGCCACAAAGCUGAUGUGGACAUGGUGGACAAGAAUGGCUGGAGCUUGUUACAUAAAGGAAUCCAGAGAGGAGAUCUCUUCGCUGCCACGUUCCUCAUUAAGAGUGGGGCCCUUGUCAAUGCGGCUACUUUGGGUGCCCAGGAGACACCGUUGCACCUUGUGGCGUUGUACAGUUCAAAGAAACACUCAGCAGGUGUGAUGUCUGAGAUGGCACAGAUUGCUGAGGCCCUCCUGCAGGCUGGUGCCAACCCCAAUAUGCAGGACAGCAAGGGCAGGACUCCUUUACACCUGUCCAUCAUGGCCAGGAACGAACACGUGUUCAGUCAGCUGCUGCUGUGUAAACAAUUAGACUUGGAGCUCAAAGACCAUGAGGGCAGCACAGCCCUGUGGCUGGCGGUACAGUCCAUCACCAUGUCCUCCGACCAGUCUGUAAACCCCUUUGAAGACCUGCCCGUGGUCAACGGGACUUCCUUUGAUGAGAACAGCUUUGCCGCCAGACUCAUUCAGCGUGGCAGCAACACUGACGCCCCUGAUGCGAUGACAGGAAAUUGUUUACUACAGCGGGCAGCUGGAGCAGGAAAUGAGGCUGCAGCUCUUUUCCUGGCAACUAAUGGUGCCCAUGUCAACCACAGAAACAAGUGGGGAGAAACCCCACUGCACACAGCGUGUCGACACGGCCUGGCCAACCUCACUGCAGAGCUCCUGCAGCAAGGAGCCAACCCAAACCUGCAGACGGAGGAGGCCGUACCCUUGCCAAAGGAGGCUGCGUCCCUGGCUGGCUCCGCAGACAGUGUCUCUCUGCAGACGCCGCUGCACAUGGCAAUUGCCUAUAACCAUCCGGAUGUGGUAUCCGUCAUCCUGGAGCAGAAAGCCAAUGCCCUUCACGCCACCAACAACUUGCAAAUUAUUCCGGACUUCAGCCUCAAGGAUUCCCGAGACCAGACUGUGCUGGGCUUGGCAUUGUGGACUGGCAUGCACACGAUUGCAGCCCAGCUGCUGGGCUCCGGGGCUUCCAUCAAUGACAGCAUGUCCAGUGGGCAGACCUUGCUGCACAUGGCCAUCCAGCGGCAGGACAGCAAAAGUGCACUCUUUCUCCUGGAGCAUCAGGCAGAUAUAAACAUCAGGACCCAGGAUGGGGAGACAGCCCUUCAGCUGGCCAUCAGAAAUCAGCUUCCGCUCGUGGUCGACGCCAUAUGUACCCGAGGAGCCGACAUGUCUGUGCCAGACGAGAAGGGGAACCCUCCGCUGUGGCUGGCGCUGGCAAAUAACCUGGAGGACAUUGCCUCCACUCUGGUCAGACACGGCUGUGACGCCACGUGCUGGGGUCCGGGACCCAGUGGUUGCCUUCAGACGCUCCUGCACCGAGCCAUCGAUGAAAACAACGAGGCCACUGCCUGCUUUCUGAUUCGCAGUGGCUGUGACGUGAAUAGCCCCAGACAGCCAGGUGCUAGUGGAGAAGGAGAAGAGGAGGCGCGAGAUGGGCAAACCCCCUUGCAUUUGGCAGCCUCUUGGGGGCUGGAAGAGACGGUGCAGUGCCUCCUGGAGUUUGGUGCCAAUGUCAAUGCACAGGAUGCAGAAGGAAGGACGCCUGUCCACGUGGCCAUCAGCAACCAGCACGGCGUCAUCAUUCAGCUGUUGAUUUCUCAUCCUGACAUCCACUUGAACGUCCGAGACAGACAGGGGCUGACCCCUUUCGCCUGUGCCAUGACGUACAAGAACAACAAGGCCGCCGAGGCCAUUCUCAAACGAGAGUCUGGGGCCGCUGAGCAGGUCGACAACAAGGGCCGGAAUUUCCUUCACGUGGCGGUUCAGAACUCGGACAUUGAGAGUGUCCUGUUCCUGAUCAGUGUCCAGGCAAACGUGAAUUCCAGAGUGCAGGAUGCUUCCAAGUUGACCCCUUUACACCUGGCUGUCCAGGCGGGCUCAGAGAUUAUUGUCCGCAAUUUGCUUCUUGCAGGAGCCAAGGUGAAUGAACUGAACAAGCACCGCCAGACCGCCCUCCACCUCGCCGCCCAGCAGGACCUGCCCACCAUCUGCUCCGUGCUCCUGGAGAACGGAGUCGACUUCGCCGCUGUGGACGAGAACGGGAACAACGCUCUUCAUCUUGCCGUCACGCACGGGCGGCUCAACAACAUCCGGGUUCUCCUGACAGAGUGCACAGUGGACGCCGAAGCCUUUAAUCUCAGAGGCCAGUCGCCGCUGCACAUUUUGGGGCAAUACGGCAAAGAGAACGCGGCAGCCAUCUUUGAUCUCUUCCUGGAGUGCAUGCCCGAGUAUCCUCUGGAUAAGCCAGAUGCAGAAGGAAACACAGUGCUCCUCUUAGCGUACAUGAAAGGGAAUGCCAACUUGUGCCGCGCCAUUGUCCGGGCCGGGGCCCGCCUCGGGGUGAAUAACAACCAGGGAGUCAACAUUUUCAACUACCAGGUCGCCACCAAGCAGCUUCUGUUCCGACUGUUAGAUAUGCUGUCCAAGGAGCCUCCGUGGUGCGAUGGCUCCAACUGCUACGAGUGCACCGCCAAGUUUGGCGUCACGACUCGCAAGCAUCACUGUCGUCACUGCGGACGUCUUCUGUGCCAUAAAUGCUCGACCAAGGAGAUUCCCAUUAUAAAGUUCGAUCUCAACAAGCCCGUGCGUGUUUGCAACAUUUGCUUUGACGUGCUGACUCUGGGUGGGGUCUCUUAGUGAGCCCCCGGGAGGGUCCGGGCCAUGCCCUCCGCCCCUCCCCAGCAGCUGCUCUGCUCACCAGCCCGCCCCCACCCAGAGCAGGAGCUGGCGUCAUCCUCCUGCAGCAAUAGACUGGACAGCUGAGGACCACGGCGUGACCCCAUCUCAGAUGAUUCGGUAUGACUGUCAGUGUGUCAGACUGCGACCAAACUCACUCAGUGUCACGGUUGGACCAGGCCAUGUAGCCUCAGUGGUGAAUGUGACAGCAAUGAGACCCAUCCUGCUAGCAGCAUCCAACGACACUGAGCCCACGCUCCCUUCUAGCAGCCUAGUGUGCAUCUCCGAGCGUCCAUAACGUCUUCCUGCCUGGCUGCCGCCCCAGGCAGCGCCUAACAGUGGAAGCUGGCGGCUUACCGAGAGCUGGCUCUCCUCUGGGCCUGGUGGCUGGGGGCUUUUCUGCACAGUGUUUUCGAGGGAAAUAGGACCCUCUGCCCUGGAGUCUUUUUUUGUUUUUUAAGCUAAGCUGUAUUUUUUAGUGAGCUACCCCUUUUAAAAAGGUGAAAUCUUUCUAAACAGGGUUCAAAGAUGAGAGCUAAAAAAUCGUGGCCUUAACAACUGAAAGCUUUACCGGUGUUCAUGCGAAUGAGGUGUCAGGUGCGGCUGGGCAGCCAGACAUCUCCGGGCGCUGUCUCCUUCCCUGGUCUCGCUGCGCCCCGAGUCCUCGGCCACUCUGCCGGUGGAGUGGUGGAGGAAAUGCACUUUGAUUGUGCUGCACUUUUUACAUAGCUGCAUCAUUGGUGACCCCAACUUAAAAAUCCAUAUUCAGAAACAGCCCCACCCGUCCUUGCACCUGCGAUUCUAACGCUCAGCUUGGACUGGACCUCAGCUCACACUGAUCUUAAAGGGAAGACCCCUGCGGUGUCUUCUGGAGCAGGCGAGGAGGAGGGGGUGGGGAAGACUUCAGUGCCGGGGCAUCUGCAGCCUCAGGCUGGAGGCUUGUGGGCCGCGUCUCCUUGACACACGUGGUUCUUGCUGACACCUCCCCUCUCACGCUGUAAGAGGCAGCAGCCGACAGCCCUGGCCAAGCGUGCUCAGCCCCGUGGGAACUCGGGCUUGGCUGCUGACGAGGCCUCCAGAACUUGCUGGGCCUAGCCGCUGCUAGGACGCACGUGAACCCUGAAGUGUUUGAUUUCUGUUGAAGGUUUGGCCAGUUUUUAAAAAUGCACAGUGAGAAACUUUUACCAAUGCUUUUCUUAAAAACAAACUCUGAGAUGAAUAAUUUGUUAGUUAUACUCAGAGAUUAAUAAUCUGAAUCAUACAUACUGAUUUUUUAAGACAUUUAAUAACCACUACAUUUUUGGCAUUAAUGAAAUAUGGAUUCAUGCAUAAAAGGGACUAACUUUUUGUUUGCAAUAGCCUGUGUUUUUGGUUUGUUUCUGUCUGUCUUGGAUAGUGGUGUGUCCUCCACACUGUCGUACAUUGAUAUUUCUGUUGCCUAAAUAUGUGUAAAAUGAGCUGAUAGAUCAGAGUGCUACUUUUCGAUGUAAUUCUGUGAUUUAUAAGAUAUACCUGCUUUCUAUGUCAAUAUGAGCUUGUGUACGUUUAAAAGCAGAGUAAUUAGCAGAGCCCCUCCCCCCCGGGCGGGGGCUGUGACGUAAGUCACAUAGAAUUUUUAUAGAAAAACAACCAAUCUUGGCAAACACUUGGUCCCACGAGGCAUGCGAUCAGUUUCCACUUUCUGUCGUGUGGAAAGGCCACAGGAAUUGGUCUUAGGUAGCUCGGUCCUGUAGAGUAGGAGUCUUGUGGUUCAGACGGGAACUGAGGUGCGCAGUACCUACCUGCUCGUUCUCCUCCCGCUCCCUGCGGAUGAGGGAGGGUGGAAUCCAGUCAGGGAGGAGGCCAGUGUUCGCGCCUUGCCUCAUUGCACGGAACACCUGAGGAUCACGUGUGAGUGUGGAUUCGCACUUCUGUGUCUGCAGCGUGCAGACAGCGAUGGUACUGAGCAGCACGGACUGGGAAAACGUUUCUUACAUCCUGCGUUGGCGUCAGGGUGCUUUCAGGCAGAUGUGAAGGAGUGUCUCCAGUCUUAGGAACUCUCCCGCCCCCGCUGAAGCUCCCCGAGUGGCACCCGGGGUGGACUCGCCCGUCACUGCCCUGGCUGGGCCUCGGCACACUCCGAGUCCCCUCCGUGCGCUCCAUGCCAUCAAGACUUGACCACCACACUGCCUAGCUGUCCUCGGGCAGUUUUAAUCAGCAGCCUAAGUACUGGUAGCCAAAGCUGUUUUACUCCUUUGGAACGCUGCCAGCUGUCAGUGCGUAGCGCAGGAAGAAUCAACUUCUCUGAGACGGGACUUGCGCGCCAGUCGGCGCUGUUGGGCCGAAUUUGAUUCUGCACUGCCUCCCGCUCCUCUGUGCCCUCCUAACAGGCCUUUCCCUUUAAAGACGGAGUCCCAGCCACUGACUGCUGACGAGAUUGAAUGGGUUAAAUGAAGUUCUGAUCCUCGAACACACUGACGUCCCACAAACUUAAGUGCCUACACGUAGGACUCUGGUUUCCAGCUGUCGUUCAGUGGUGUCUCACUACGUGACGUGUUAGUGUUACAUCUGAAGUCCUUGCCUGUGCGUCGUCAGCCCAAUUACCAGUAGUCGAGUCUGGAUUAGGUUGCUUGGUUACCUGCCACAUUCUCUCCAAUGAGUGCGGUCCACAUGACCUGUAGUCCUCUACCUCAGAGCCCGAGUCGUUCUGACCACCCCGUUCAGCUUCCUCACUCUUCUCCCUGAGCGGUCCCUGCGUGGAGCCCAGCGUGCAUGUGGGUCCACAGGUCUUCCCAACAACUGUCCCACACCUGUGGUCCUGAGCCGUCGCCGCACUAAUGUGGCCGUGAGCAUGGAGUGGAGGGGAGGUCUUGGGAGGGAGGCGGGCCUCUACCUCCACCCAGGUGUCCUUUAUCUGGAGAAAAAGAACACUUUUGAACUGUGUGAUGUGUAGACCUGAAAGGCAGCUGCCCAGGUGGCAGAGCAGGAGCAAGUACACGUGACGCUUCCAUCACAGAGACUCAGUUUCCCCCGACAAGCCCACGAGAACCUCCCAAAGCGCUGGAGCUCCCACUCGCAGGCAGGGAUCUGGAAGCCCCAGGCUCACUCUGUGGAGCGUAUUGACAAGGAAUAAAGUAAACACUUCAAUUCCAGAAGUUCAAGAUGCCUUAAAGACUUUCUCGGAGAUCCCUGCGUGUGCACGUCCUCUGUGCGGCAUAAAUAGCAUACUAACCUGUUAGACCUGACAGCGGUGGUCUUCCGUAGCUAGGGAGUCCUGAGUCACUGCACGCCGGGUGGGCAGACGUGCAGGGCCGGGCAGCAGCUGUGGGCGCACACAGGGUUGACCUGUGCAGCCCGCAGCCAGUCGGAGUGGUGCUUGGUGUGCGGGGAUGCAUCUUGAGGGACCACGGCGCUUAACAGCAGUGUUUGCGUGGAGUCCAUGGAAUGGAAUGUAUAUUUUUCCAGUACUGGUAUUUGCAUUUUCUGUAACAAUUCCUUGUAAUAAAAUGAGGCAAAAUUGUGCAUUUAAA